AUUUCUGAAUAUCCUCUCCACAAAAAUCCAACUCAUCUUUCUCACAAACAAAAAUUCAACUCUCACUUGACUUUCCUACUGAAUUGGAUCAGCCCCAACUCCCAAGAGUAUCCCUAUCUCUUGUUUAUAAUUUGUUUUGAAACUUCCCCCUCACUUUCAACUCCCUUUCCCAAUAUUUUCUCUCUCUUAAUUUUUGUUCUUGAAAAAAAUGAAAAAUAAACUGCUGGAGUUUUUGACUUAAAACGUUUCAAAGAUCUAUCAUAUUUCUUUGAAAAGAAUCUUUUCAUUUUUGGAAAGAAUAAUCUUCUUCUUUAUAUUUACUUCCUUUGAAUUUUCUUCCUACAUUUUCAUUUACAGCCUGUACUAUUCCGUACUAUUUCUUCCUUUCUAUAUACUACAGUUCAUCACUCUAAAAUUUUCGCUGGUUUUUAAUUUUUAAUUUUUAUUUUUAAUUCAGUAGGAUCAUAAUUUCUGAGGUUUUCGUUGGAGUUGGAAGUACAAUGGAAUUAUCAACUCAUCAAUCUCGACUUUUGUGACUUAAGAACUGGAAUCGUAGUCUUACUACUUGUCCAACAAUUGGAUGUUUGUUCCUCAAUAUAUAGAAGAUUGCACGAGUAUUUGAUUAAAUAAUCGCGGUUAGUUGGAUUAAUAGAUAAGGUCAUUACUCAGUAGAAAGAAAAGAAAGGAGAUGUACCAGAAGACGUUUUGUCUUGCCUACCAGAGUUUGGGGAUUGUCUAUGGUGAUCUAAGCACAUCUCCUAUAUAUGUCUACAAGAGUACAUUCUCUGGGAAAUUGCGGUUGUAUGAGGAAGACCUUGAAAUCUUUGGCAUUCUCUCUAUGGUUUUCUGGACACUGACUCUGGUCCCUCUUUGCAAGUACAUCGUUUUUGUUUUAUCAGCUGAUGACAAUGGAGAAGGCGGAACAUUUGCCUUGUAUUCGCUUCUUUGCCGAUCUUCUAAAAUGGGCUUUUUUUGUCCGUCUCAAAUGAAGUAUGCACACCCAUCUUAUGAAGCUGCGACUUCUGGCAAGGAAAGCAGGAGUAGUCUGGCCCUUAAAGAAUUUUUUGAGAAGCAUUAUUACUCCCGUCUUAUCCUCUUUCUAGUGGUUCUUCUAGGGACUAGCAUGGUGAUUGGGGAUGGGAUUUUCACUCCAACAAUGUCUGUCCUAUCUGCAGUCUCUGGCCUAAAAGUUAAGAUUCCUCAUUUAAAUGAAUAUCUUACUCUUGGUGUGACCUGCAUAAUCUUGAUGGGAAUUUUUUCUCUUCAGCAUUGUGGGACUAGCAAAGUUGGCUUUCUUUUUGCUCCUAUUCUUGUAGCUUGGCUCCUCUGUGUUGGUGGAGUAGGGUUAUACAAUAUAAUUCACUGGAAUCCUGGGGUCAUUCGUGCAGUUUCACCAUAUUAUGUCUACAAAUUUUUCAAAGUAACAGGAAAAGUGGGAUGGAGUUCACUUGGGGGUGUUGUCUUAUGUAUUACAGGUGCAGAAGCAAUGUUUGCCGAUCUUGGCCACUUCUCUCAGCUCUCUUUGAGGAUUGCAUUUUCCGGAUUUGUCUAUCCUUGUUUAGUUCUUGCAUAUAUGGGUGAAGCUGCUUAUCUUUCUAAGCACAGAGAAGAUCUUCAGAGUAGUUUUUACAAGGCAAUACCUGAGUCCAUUUUUUGGCCCUUUUUUGUGAUCGCUACGCUUGCUACUGUUGUUGCCAGUCAAGCAAUUAUAUCUGCGACAUUCUCCAUCAUAAGUCAGUGUCGGGCCUUAAAGUGUUUUCCACGUGUCAGAAUGGUGCAUACAUCUGACGACAUAUAUGGCCGGAUCUACAUACCAGAGGCCAAUUGGAUAUUGAUGGUGCUUUGUCUGGCUGUUGUCUUGGGCUUUAGGGAUACAGAUAAAAUAGGCAAUGCUUAUGGUCUGGCGGUGAUCACUGUAAUGUUUGUAACAACAUGCUUAAUGUUUCUCAUUAUAGUGACUGUGUGGAAAAAACAUGUCCUUGUGGCUCUCUUUUUUGUGCUGUUCUUCGGAUCAAUUGAGCUCUCAUAUAUGUCAGCUUGUCUGAUCAAGAUACAUCAAGGAGGCUGGGUCCCUUUGGUUUCUUCUCUUGUAAUAUUGUGUUUGAUGUCACUAUGGAAGUAUGGUACUAUGAAGAAACAGGCGUUCGAGCAUCAAAAUAAGGUGGGCUUGGACAGAUUUUUGACUCUUGGUCCAAGCCUUGGUGUUCUCAGGGUUCCUGGAAUUGGUUUGAUAUACUCUAAUGUCACCUCUGGGGUCCCACCGAUGUUUUCUCAUUUUGUUGCAAACUUCCCUGCUUUUCAUCAAGUCCUCAUUUUCGUGACAAUCGAAAUAUUACUAAUCCCCAGAGUUCCUGUUAAUGAGCGUCUUGUGAUUGGUCGGGUUGGUCCUCCAGAACUCCAUAUAUUUCGUUGCACUGUGAGGUAUGGAUACAAGGAUACUAGAGACUCUUAUGACUUUGAGUCUAAGCUAAUUGACGAGGUAGCAGAGUUCCUACAACAUGGACCCCAUGAUAGGGAAACACUGACAUCUCCAAACAACGUUGCUGAUACGGAUGCUGCUCCAGAGGGUGGGGCUGUUACUGUUGGCAGGAGAAGAGUAAGGUUUAGAGAAGUAGAGCCGAGUGGCCCAAAUGUCAAUGUCAAGAAGCUUAUGGAGGCUAGACAAUCUGGAGUAGCUUACAUGAUAGGCAAUACUUGUGUUGUAGCAAGAGAGGAAUCAUCAUUCUUUAAGAAAAUAGCCAUUAACAUUGUAUACAGAUUCCUGAGGCAGAACUGUCGAAGACCAGCAGUGGCUCUUGGGAUUCCGCACACAUCACUGAUCGAAGUAGGAAUGGUUUACCAUGUAUGACGGACGGACAGCUUGUUAGUGUGCUGGUGGAUGUGAUGUUUGCUUUUGCACAGCGAAAAUGAUGAUGCAGUAGAGAAACUGUCUAAAGGACGGCCCUUAUUUUUUAACACGUCGUUUAUGUACAAAAAUGGAGAGUUUAGGAUAUAAAUGUGUUUGCUUUUGCACAUAGUUUUCAUAUGUGUACAGGUAACCUGUGAUAGUUUUUGGAUAGACUGCUUGCUUGACCUUAAACUGAGUAGUUUAAAAGCUAAAAUUCUUUUAAAGAUAGACCUAAUGUAAUUAACAUUUUUUGGUUACAAAAAUGUCUGAAAUUAGGACAUAGUCAGCAUAUUUUUUAAUAGGUCAACGUUUGUUGCUUAAUUGCCGU